GGAAAGGGGAAGACAUAGGACUCACGCAAGACACAAGAGUUCCCCACCACGACCCAUUGCCUUGAGCUACAUCGGGAAGGAACGCCCUCUGCCUGCCUUCUAGAACCUUUCGCAAGACUAGGAGGCAGCCUGCCAGCGGCAGGGAGAAAAACCCGGGUUCAGCUACAGCCUGACGGUUGCGCAGGCGCAGCCCCACAGCUUUCUGGAAGCCACUUCCUGCCUGGUUUCCUAGCAACGGGGAAGCGUUGUUGACAACCACAGAAACUGCAGCUCAGGCUUGAGAGUGGAGCUGUCCCACCGGCACGAUGACAGAGGUGGAGGAAACCCUCAAGAGAAUCCAGAGCCACAAAGGGGUCAUUGGAACCAUGGUGGUCAACGCAGAAGGCAUUCCAAUCCGAACAACCCUGGACAACUCCACAACAGUUCAAUAUGCGGGUCUUCUCCACCAGCUGACCAUGAAGGCUAAGAGCACGGUCCGGGACAUUGACCCCCAGAACGACCUGACUUUCCUCAGGAUCAGAUCGAAGAAACAUGAAAUCAUGGUAGCCCCAGAUAAGGAAUAUCUUCUGAUUGUCAUCCAGAACCCAUGUGAGUAGACCUGCUGCAGCCAACUCCAUCUUCUUGAUGUUACCUGGAAGCCCUUCACUCCUCUAGUCCAUAAUAUUGACCCUAAUUGAGUCUAUAGACAUGCUCUCCUAUUUUGACAACGAAAUGCUCUACAUGUCUCCCUUAGUCCCUUUUGACUGUAUUGUGGUCUUGUACUUUUGCUGUAUAAUAAACAAAUUCUGCCAUUUA